GUGGGGAGAAUUCGGCCACCUCCCAAGGGGGCAGAGGGCCCUCCCGGGGUCUGGAGGGCCUCCUGGCGGCCCCCUUUCACACCAUAUGCCCCUAGGGGCUGGGACCUGGGCACCUGUCACCCCUGGCACUGACUGUCCGAGGUUCCCCUCCUCCCCCUCUCCUAGCCACAGCCACCUCCUGUCCCCUCCCCUCCCUUCUUCCUUCUCCUGGUCCCACCUCCAGCAGCCUCGCCCACUGCUCCUCUUCACCUCUGUCCUCCUGGACUGUCCUGGCGCCUACCUUUCCUCCUGCUCACCUUUUCCCCUUUCGGGACGGAGGGCAGGCGGGGGUGGGUGCAGCUGGGGCUCUGCACCACGGCGGAGACUCAGGCCCUCUCCCACGCUUCCAGCCCUCUGGUAACCCCUCCCUCCAAGCCGGGGGGAGGGGGUAGCACCCAGAGAGUUCAGGCUGUGGGGGGAGGGGCUGGGCCAGGUCGUGGGCGGCCCUUUUGAAGGAGGGAGCUGGAGCGAGGAACAGCCACCCCACCUACCCCCCUGCCGGGCCCUCCCCCACCCCUCCCAGCCCGCUCCCCCCCAGGGGCCAAGAGGAGUUGCCGGCAAGGCCCCUCCGCGUUCAGGAGAAGAUGGGGAGCCCCGAGGACGACCUCAUCGGGAUCCCGUUCCCGGACCACAGCAGCGAGCUCCUGAGCUGCCUCAACCAGCAGCGGCAGCAGGGCCACCUGUGCGACCUCACCAUCCGGACGCGGGGCCUUGAGUACCGCACGCACCGGGCCGUGCUGGCCGCCUGCAGCCACUACUUCAAGAAGCUGUUCACGGAGGGCGGGGGCGCGGGGGCGGGGGGCGGCGCGGGGGGCGGCGCGCCGGCCGCGGGGGGCGCCGGGGGCGCCGGCGGCGUGUGCGAGCUGGACUUCGUGGGGCCCGAGGCCCUGGGGGCCCUGCUCGAGUUCGCCUACACGGCCACGCUGACCACCAGCAGCGCCAACAUGCCGGCCGUGCUGCAGGCCGCGCAGCUGCUGGAGAUCCCCUGCGUCAUCGCCGCCUGCAUGGAGAUCCUGCAGGGCAGCGGGCUGGAGGCCCCCAGCCCGGACCAGGACGACUGCGAGCGGGCCCGCCAGUACCUGGAGGCCUUCGCCACGGCCACGGCCACGGCCACGGGGGUCCCCAACGGCGAGGACAGCCCCCCGCAGGCGCCGCCGCCGCCCGCCCGGCCCGUCGCCCGCCGCAGCCGCAAGCCCCGGAAAGCGUUCCUGCAGACCAAGGGGUCCCGGGCGAACCACCUGGGGCCCGAGGCGCCCCCGGUGCCCACCCACCCCCUGGCCUACGAGGAGGAGGAGGCGGCGGCGGGCAGGGUGGGCAGCAGUGCGGGCAGCGGGCUGGGAGACAGCUACAGCCCUCCCGCGGGGGCAGCCUCCCCCCCGGAGGAGCCCAUGAACUAUGAGCCCUUCGAGGGCGAGGAAGAGGAGGAGGAGCAGGAGCUGGCGGCCUACGCCUCGGCCUACCGGCUGGCACAGGUCGCCGGGCCCCCGCUGUCCCCCGACGACGUGGGCUCCGACGAGGAUGCCAUCGACCCGGACCUGAUGGCCUACCUGAGCUCCCUGCACCAGGACGCCCUGGCCCCCGGCCUGGACGGCCAGGACAAGCUGGGGGUGCGGAAGCGCCGCUCCCAGAUGCCCCAGGAGUGCCCCGUCUGCCACAAGAUCAUCCACGGGGCCGGCAAGCUGCCGCGCCACAUGAGGACCCACACGGGCGAGAAGCCCUUCGCCUGCGAGGUCUGCGGCGUCCGGUUCACCCGGAACGACAAGCUGAAGAUCCACAUGCGGAAGCACACCGGAGAGCGCCCCUACUCGUGCCCGCACUGCCCAGCCCGCUUCCUGCACAGCUACGACCUCAAGAACCACAUGCACCUGCACACCGGGGACCGGCCCUACGAGUGCCACCUGUGCCACAAGGCCUUCGCCAAGGAGGACCACCUGCAGCGCCACCUCAAGGGCCAGAACUGCCUGGAGGUGCGCACCCGGCGGCGCCGCAAGGACGACGCCCCGCCCCACUACCCGCCGCCCGCGGCCGCCGCGCCCGCCCCCGCCGGCCUCGACCUCUCCAACGGCCACCUGGACACCUUCCGCCUCUCGCUGUCCCGGUUCUGGGAGCAGUCGGCCGCCGCCGGGCCCCCCGCCUCCACCCCGGGGCCCCCCGAUGAGGACGAGGAGGAGGGGGCCCCCGCCACGCCCCAGCAGGCCGAAGGCGCCGUGGAGUCCUCUUAAAGAGGGGGGCGGAGCAGCCGCCCAUGCCAAGCAGUGGGAGCCUGCUGGACAGACGGACAGACAGAGCGCGGGGGUCCGAGCACUGAACCUCCCUGGCGUCGGAAAGCAUCCCCCCUCCUCCCCAGAGCCCGGAUUCCAGUCCCAAGCUUGAGAAGGUUUUUGGGGCGAAAAGCCUCCCCCGAUUGGGGUGAUCUCCCAAGGAGUGACCCGUACGAUAGGAUGAUGUACAUAUUGACAGCUCUGUUGUAAGGGGGGGUCCCUGUCUCCGGCUGUGCCUGGGGAGUGGAAGCAAUAAUGUAUUUCUGAUUU